AUGGAGAGGAAGCGGGAGUCUUCUCAUCAAUACGGUUCCCUGGAGCGCACUGAAUGGAGCACAGGCACUUCCAAACCAGAGGACGACGUGGUGUCCAUGGCGGAUUCCACCAUCACCGUGGACGACAUCGAGGGAGAGCUGUUCAAGAUUGAGCGGAUCCGGGAUGUGCUGGUCAGGAGGGAGUCAGAGCUCAGAUACAUGAUGGAUGACAUUCAGCUGUGUAAGGAGAUCACUCGUCUGAAGAAGGAGCUGCACAAACUCGUGUCCCUGCCAGACAAUGACAAGUCCAACGAGGACCGACAGAAGGAGGAGGAACUUCUGCAGCAGAUCCAUAAGCUAGUUGAGACCAGAGACUUCCUGGUGGAUGAUGUGGAGUUUGAACGGCUCAGGGAGAAGGAAGAAGAUAAAGAAAUGGCAGAUUUCCUCAAGUCCAAGUUCCCAAGAACCGUGAAGAAGAAAGGUGUACCAACCAGACGGGUCACGCCCCACGCCCAGCAGAGCUCCACCCCCUUCAGCAAGACCGGGCUCACCCUUCUGAAGGAGUGCUGUGGCUUCACUUGCUCCAUCAUGUAG